AUGGAAGCCAUGGUUUACUUCUUCACCAUGUUCUUCGUGGCGAUUUACCACGCGUGCGAUGGCCCUGGUUUAUCAGUGCUGUGUUUCAUGCGCUACGACAUCCUGGAGUAUUUCAGCAUCUACGGGACAGCCCUGUCCAUGUGGGUGUCGCUGAUGGCGCUGGCAGAGUUCGAUGAGCCGAAGAGAUCCACCUUCAUCAUGUUUGGUGUGCUCACCAUAGCAGUGAGGAUCUACCACGACCGCUGGGGCUACGGAGUCUACUCAGGACCCAUCGGGACAGCCGUCCUCGUGAUAACCGUGAAAUGGCUCCAAAAGAUGAAAGAGAAGAAAGGUCUAUAUCCAGACAAGAGUGUCUACACCCAACAGAUCGGUCCUGGCUUCUGUUUUGGGGCAUUAGCACUGAUGCUGAGGUUCUUUUUUGAGGAGUGGGAUUACACCUACGUGCACAGCUUCUACCACUGCGCCUUGGCCAUGUCCUUCGUCCUGCUGCUGCCCAAGGAGAACAAGAAGGCCGGGAGCGCCGGGAGCCCCGCGCGGCUCGACUGCUCCACGCUCUGCUGCUGCGUCUGA